AUGCAAUUCAACAUUUUUAAACACGUUCCUGUCCUCCCAGGUGUUCGGGGACUGUCCAGUGCGUCCAACUCGAGCCAAGGGUACAUCCCUCGUGGGCCACAGAAUGUCAAUAGCGGAGGUUCUGCGAAACCUGGAGGGAGUCAAGAGGAACCGUCUACCAGUGGAACCGAGAGCGGAGGACAUAUCACUGCCACUAGCCAAGGCUCUGCGACACCUGGAGGACGAAGGCCCAGCGGAAGCGAGUAA